AUGUCUCCUACCAAGCGACCCCCCUCCAAGGACAGUCCCACCAAAAGGCGGAAGAAAUCAGUUGCUGCAUCCGAAAAGGAGGCAUCCAGCAAAUGGAAGGUCCCCGAGCGCCCCACUGACCUUGACUACCUCGCUGUGUUCAUCCAGUCUCUUGAGGGUGGAAAGGUCGACAUGCAGAAAGCUGCGAAGAAGCUCCACACGAACCCAAGGAAUUUGCUUUAUUACUUCUACAAGAUCCGAAAGGCCUACGACUUCGAAUGGCUCGAGGCUUGCAACACGAAACUCUUACCUGAUGAGCCUAAGAAGCGCAAGGUAAAGGAUGAGCUCGAGAUUGUCGAAUCCAUUGAACGGGACCACGAGGAUGAUGAUGAGGAUGCUGUUUGA